AUGAAGAAGUGCUAGAGAUGAAGGUCAACUCUUGCAUUUUAAUUAAAGUACCAUUUGAUCAAUAAUUUAUACAUAAACAUAUCCAUAAUUUAUUUGAUCAACAAUAUAUAUUUAUAUUAUAUUGUAAAAUUAUUUAAUAUCCCUAGAUAAGAUAUAAAGUCAAUGAAUAUUGUAUAUUGAAGAGAAAUCGAUCUAGUACUAGCUAGCUCUGGUUUCAGGUCAUCUAUGGCAGCCGCUAAGAAUGCUCAAGAUGUUGUUACCAUCGAUGUAUAUACAGCCAAAGGUCUUCUCAGCAUAGGCCAUCAUUAUUUAGACGUCAGAACCGUUGAGGAAUUUAAUAAGAGUCAUGUUGAAGGCGCCUUGAACGUUCCUUACAUGCUCAUCACCCAAGAAGGUAAAGUAAAAAAUCCAGAAUUUCUGAGCCAAGCUUCAGCAGUUUGCAAAAAGGAUGACCAUUUAGUUGUGGGUUGCAAUAGUGGGGGCAGAUCACUUCGGGCAUGCGUAGAGUUGCUUAAUGAUGGUUAUGAGAACGUGAACAACAUGGAAGGGGGUUACUCCAAAUGGGUGGACAGUGGACUUGCAGGUGACAAACCAGGACAAGACUUAAAAACAGCAUGCAAAUUCCGCCCCGAGUAAUGAUAUGUGCACACAAAAAUCACACGCACAAGUGAUAUGUAAUUAUGUGACAAGUCAUUUUAACCGCUUAUUUUUAUAUAAGAUGAGUCCUACUUAUGAAAAGUGAUUUAAUAAGCCCCUACUCACCAAUGGUUUAUUUGCCUGAAAUUAUUUCAGGGAACUAGGAGUAAUUAGGCAAAAGUUUCUUAUGAUGUUCCAUUUUUUUUUAUUUCAACUUUGUAAUAAUUAUCAGUAUUCAGUACCCUCUGUUUUUCUACUGAAUCUGAAGGUCAUUCAUUGUAAUAUGCAUUUCCUGGAAUUCUAUAUUAUUUGGAUUUCAAAUAUAAAUAUAUGGAUUAAGCAUAGAUCUUACCCUUCC